AUGGAGGCUCUCGCGAUCCUCGCGCUGGUCGCCGCUGCGGUGGCCGCAGCGGCAGCAGCGACCACCGGCACGAAUGCGGCCUUUAGACAGAGAUACGCCGCGGUCGACAUGUCGCCAGCCGUCGAGGGUGCCGGCCUCGUUCCGCGCUUCUUCAUUGACGCACCGAGGCUCGCUGUUCGUGAUGGCGAAAAUGAGGAAAAGGAGAGAUAUAACUUAUCACCAAAGAGCAUCAAACUAAAUGGAAACCCUCCCACAGGCGUCGAUAUAGGCCACCCCGAGACCUGCUGCGGAAACACGAACUACUGCUACGUGAAACCCGACAAUACACCAUGGUGCUGCCCCCUCGGCUCCAACUGCGACUCAAACUGCGCCGCGACAGCCUACCAAUGCCCAACAACCAUAACCGUAACCGUCACCGUCUCGCAGACCAGAAGCGCGUCGUCCUCCGCCGCCCUCCUCACAACCUCCAUCACGACAUCCUCAGCCUGCUGCGGCCGCACGUGCCCCUCCCCCUCCGCCUUCCGCUGCGAAUCCCAGUUCGGCGGCGGCUGCUGCUCCUACGGCCAGACAUGCGUCUCCAACCGCGGCUGCGUGAGCACGCUCUCGGCGCCCACGUCCUCUGCUACAGGCGGGCUGAAGCCCGCUGAUCCGAGGUGUACUGCCACCACGCAGCACGCGUGCGAUGACGGACGGGACGGGUGCUGCGAUAAUCUUAUGCAUUGUACUAUUGUUGGCGGGACGGCCGGAUGCGCGGCGGGGAAUCCGACGGCAACGGGGGAUGUGGGGUAUACUACGGUACCGGACGGCGGGGCGGGAGGAGGGGGAUUGUCGGCUGGGGCGAAGGCUGGGAUCGGGGUUGGUGUUGCUGUUGUGGGAUGUGCUCUCGCGGGGGUGCUUGCGUGGUUUUGUUUUUCGAGGAGACGGAGAGGAAGGGGGACUGUGACGGGGACGGCGACGAUGUCUGAACGUAGCGGUGGUGGUGGGCGGAGUAGAGUCGCAGGAGGAGGAGGAGGGGCAGGAGUGUCUGGCGUCGGGAGCGAGAGGCCUAGUCGCGGGGUGCGGGCAUUAUCGGACGUUACUUCGGGAUCUCGACCGAACGGGCCCAGUCGGGGCGCGACGCAGGAUUACUUUGGACCGGAUGCCGUUGCGGGGCCGUACACCGAGACAGAAGAGACCGGGAUGUCUGCGGUCGAUGGUUCGGGAGCUGGGGCUGGGGCUGGAGCCGGAACGGGGAUGGCGGGUACGCCUGGCCGAGGGCGAGGCGUGCCGCUACAGGCGCAUUCGCCCAACGACGUUGUCGCGCCUGUGGAGAUUGGGGAUUCAGGAGGGAAGAGAGGGUACGGCUAUGGCUACGGCCACAGCGUGACUUCUGUGCCGGAGGGGGAGCAUGAGGGGCCGCGGGAGUUGCAGACGCCGGUGUCUGAGGAGGAGACGACGCAGGGACGGUACGAGUUGUACGGGUCCGAGAUGGCUUCACCCGUGUCUGGGGCACCGCCGUCUUCGAUUGUGCCUACACCGUCGAUGAUGACGCCGCGGAGUAUCGCGAGUGUGAGCAUGUUUGAUAGGUCGCCUGGUCCUGCUCCUUCGGAGAGGGAGAGGGAGAGAUAGGAAGGGGGGUAAUUAUGGGUAUUACUGCGAGGUGUUCGAAGGGGUGCGCCUACUUUAUAUAUAUAGUGUGUUGAGCUUCAAUGAGUACAUGAUGGAUGGAUUGUGCUGAGGAUGCGAGUGACCAUUAAAGUCAAGAACAGGACGGUAGAUGCCAAGGUACAAAAAGUCCAGAAGAUAGAUUGAAGCAGAUUCGGGUCUUGACCAUUUCUAAUUAUGAACUUGACAAGUGCCCCUCUGCAAUAUUCCACGAACAGCAUUGAGUAAAAUUCCGUAUUCAAGUGACGUUGAUUGGUCUGCCCUCAUCAUCG